GUACAUGUCCUCCUUGCUAAUGCUAUGUAUAAUCAUUUCCAACCCCCAAAAGAGAAACCAAAACAAAGUCAAAACCUCCCCGGCCAUUCCAAAAUGGCCGCUUCUUCCAUUAUCAUACUAAUACUAAUUCUCAUCUGCCUCCCCCUUUUCGCCGCCGAUGCCGGAAGACGGUCGCGAGAAACCGCCGGGGUUGGUUCCGUGGUGAGCAAGGAGCUGUUCGGCGCCAUAUUCAUCCACAAGGACGACGCGGCCUGCCCCGCCAGCAACUUGUACACGUACGAGUCGUUCGUGGAGGCGGCCCGGUGCUUCCCGAGGUUCGCGGCGACGGGGGUGGCAUCGAGGCGGCGGCGGGAGGCGGCGGCGUUCCUGGCUCAGAUUUCGCACGAGACCACCGGAGGGUGGGCCACCGCUCCCGACGGGCCUUACGCGUGGGGACUGUGCUUUAAAGAGGAGGUGAGCCCACAAAGCGACUACUGCGACGCCGCCAAUGAGGAAUGGCCUUGCUUCCCCGGCAAGUCCUAUAAAGGAAGAGGUCCCAUCCAACUCUCAUGGAACUACAAUUAUGGGCAGGCCGGGAAGGCCUUGGGUUUUGAUGGGCUGCGGAACCCAGAAGUGGUGGCCAACAAUUCGGUGAUUGCUUUCAAGACGGCGCUCUGGUUCUGGAUGACGGACCAGAAGCCGAAGCCGUCCUGCCACGAUGUGAUGGUUGGGAGAUACAGCCCCAAACGGACCGAUCUGGACUCCAACCGGACCGCCGGUUUCGGGCUCGUCACAAACAUCAUCAACGGCGGCCUGGAAUGUGGCCACCCCAACGACCCCCGGGUGAACAGCAGGAUCGGUUUCUUCCGAAGAUACGCCAACUUGCUUGACGUGGAUGUCGGCUCCAACUUGGAUUGUGAGAAUCAAAAGCCCUUCUAGCCAAGCCAGCUAAUGCUACACCACUCAUUCCAAACUUUAAUUUCUUCUUCAAAUUCAAGUUACUGUGUCCCAAAUCAAUGGAAUCUAGCUUGAACCACAUUCCUUCCUUUCUUCUUCUUAUUCAACCCUGAUCUUGUUUUGUUCUAUAUAACAACAAAUCAAUGAGUACUAGAUUACAAUACUUGUUACUCCUUUAUUCUGCUCUCCCUAAGAAAGCGGAUGUAUUUUUAUCACCUUUAUCAAAAAAAAAAAAAAAAAAGCGGAUGUAUUUUGUAGUUGGGAGCCGAGCGGAGCCAGGCAUCUAUUUUGUCUUUUGUGAUUGCCUUCAGCCUUCAGUUAAUGGAGGAUAAUGAUAUGCGGUCGAUCGUCGCCUUUUUUAACUUACACUCUACUAUUUAAUUAAGGCAAAAUAUAUCU